UCGCAUUACUCACUGGAAAUCAGCUCGCUUCACAGAACCAACCAUGUCUGACAAACAUUUAGGCGCAGACUCGGAGCUGCCACCAUUGAAGAAGGAUACUCUUCGUAUUUACAGUAUGAGGUUCUGUCCAAUGGCCCAGAGGACUAUCCUAGCAUUGGGUGUGAAGGGAAUAGAGCACGAGGUUGUCAAUGUAAACCUUAAAAAGAAACCAUCUUGGUUUAUAGAACGGAAUCCUAAAGGUCUAGUUCCAAUAUUGGAAAUAAACGAUCAAAUUGUAUAUGAAUCCGUUGUGUGCUGUGAAUACUUGGACGAGGUUUACCCUGGUGACCAAUUGGUUGCCGAGACUCCGUACCAGAGGGCGCAAGAUAAAAUACUGAUAGACUUCUUUAGCGGCAAGAUUGUGCCAUUGAUGAUGUCACGCAAGGAGGUGACUGGGCUAGAAGAAGAAAAGAAAAAUGAUUUUUUUCAACACUUGGAUAGAAUGGAAAACGAGUUGAAGGAAAGAAAAUCAGUCUAUUUUAGAGGUGAGAAACCCGGCCUCGUUGACAUCAUUAUAUGGCCAUUCUUCGAACGUAUAGAAGGUAUGAAUGUUUUGGGUGGUGACAGUCUCCCUGGAAACCGUUUCCCGUUGCUCACGUCUUGGAUGUCUCAAAUGAUGGAAGUUCCCGCUGUGAAGAAUCACCAUGUUUCUCCAGAACAAUUCAGACGAUUUUAUAAGCACUACAAUAGUCCAAAUCCUCUUAUUGAUGAGAUUUUAUUGUGA